CACCUCACCCCUUCCUCAUCUCCAUCGAGAAACGUCACGAAACCCUAAUUUCCUCCCCUGCAACCUCCUCCUCCUCCUCCCCCUCCUCCCCUCCCGCUCCCCUCUGCAAUCUCCGCCGCCGCGCUCGGCUCCUCCGCCGCCGUCGCCGUCGCCGUCGCCGCCUCCGCCUCCGCCGCGGGCCUUCCCGUGCGGAAUUGCGCUCCCGCAAUCCCUGCGGCACCGCGCGGGGAAGCACCUCCUCUCCUCCUCUUCCCCUUCCUUUUCCGGCGGCCCCCACCGACCUCCGAUUCUCCCCGUCGCCGCGCUUCCCUAUUUCCGUCGCGCGAAUCGAUUCCAAUCCGCAGCUCGAACAAGCUGUUUUUUUUUUUUUUUUAGACAUCGGUUUUCCGUUUUCGGUUUUGCGUUUUGCGUUUUGCGUUUUGCGUUUCCGUGUUCGUUUUGACAGGGUUGGUAACCUGUAUAAAAAUUCGUCGAAAAAAUUCAACAAUCCUAAAAAUUUUGUAAAGUCAUUUGCUGGAUACAUCCUUCGUUCCUCUACCUUCGCCGGAGCUCGGAUUGAUCGAUAACCCCCGAUCGCCCCUGCGUAGUUCCAGCCGAUUCUUUUCCUUCGGACAGAUCGCCGCGUCUGAAAGCUCCGUGGGAAAAAUCGUCUGGGAAAUCCUUCGAUUUCGGCAUCUGUGCUCGUGGGUCUCGAAUCGAUACGGCGAGCGUUACCAUGGUUGGUGGAGGUGGCAGGAGGGACGAGGGAUCCCUGGUGAUCAACAACACCAACGUGUUUGCUGCGCUCGAGACGUUGAGGAAGAAGAAGAAGUCGGAUAAGGAUAAGGGGUCGAAGAGCGGCAAAGGGUCGUCGAAAUCGGGUGCCCAGUCGCAGGCCAAGGAGCCCGAGCCCCAGGUUUUCUGGGCCCCGACGCCGUUGAAGGAGAAAUCUUGGGCAGAUGUUGAUGACGAUGAUGAUGAUGAUUACUAUGCAACCACCGCCCCGCCUCCUGCAGUGUGGGAAAGACGCCCCAGACCGAGGAGCAGCAGCCCGCCAAUGCAGAGGAUACAGAGAGUGAGGAUGAUAUUCUUUGAUGAAGGGGAUGAUGAUUUGGAGGAAGAACAUGAGCAUGAACAAGAUGUUCCAGUACACCCAGAGCCAAUUGCAAUAAAGCCUGCUGAAGUUCCUGCUGUCAAAGAGACGGAGAGACAGCUCUCCAAAAAAGAAAGGAAGAAGAAGGAGCUUGCAGAACUUGAAGCACUUUUGGCUGAUUUUGGUGUUGCACCGAAAGAGGACAAUGGCCAAGAUGAGCCACGCGAUAAGAAAGAUGCGGAGCCUGAUGGUGAGGGUGAAAAGAAGGAAAGUGCUCCUGGAGAGUCGAGUGCCAAGAAGAAGAAGAAGAAGGACAAGUCUUCCAAGGAGAUGAAAGAGCUCCAAGAUCAGCCCAACAGUACAGAUGCCGUGAACGAACCAGAAACUGGAGCUGAACAGGUUGGUGAAGAUGGAUCAUCUGUUGACAUGAAAGAGCGGCUAAAGAAGAUGGCCUCAAUGAAGAAGAAGAAAUCCUCCAAAGAGAUGGAUGCUGCUGCAAAAGCUGCUGCUCAAGAGGCUGCCGCUAGGAGUGCAAGGCUCGCGGCAGCAAAGAAAAAGGAGAAAAACCAUUACAACCAGCAGCCAGUACGGUAAAGGACCGACUGUCAUUUGGCAUCUGCGUCUUAAACAUGUACUUUGUGCUGUUCAUAUGGCAAAUGGGAAUAAUCUUUUGGGCCUUGUGGCUCUGAUGUCUGAGGUGACCUUUAGUUGUAUUUGCUGUGAACUAGAAGAUUUUUCUUUUUUGAAUCUUGGAUUUGUUGUGGCUCCAUUGCCGUGGCCACAAACAUUUUGCCAGUUUUGCUUAUAUGAUUUAAAUUCAUCCUUGGGUGAGUGAUA